AUGAGCCGCCUGCACCUGGAUCUGUCCUGGGAGGAAGACGAGGUGGAGGCAGAGCCCGCCGUGCGAUGGCAGCGCAACCGCGACGCCCACGAUGACGACCGCUAUCUGUGGUUCAGCACGUACGUGCGUCCGUCAGACGUUGUGGAGGCGACGGAGCACCGCCCGAAGUACGAGUACUCUGUCACCGGACGCAAACGCAUUAAACCUGGGUCAAGGACGACAACGCUGGGAACGAAGGUGACCGUAAACGGGAUUAAUGUGGCAAUAUUCAAAUAUGGCGGUGGGUUCUAUGCCAUUCAGGACGCGUGUCCGCAUCAAGCUGCAUCGCUGCACCUCGGAGACAUCGAAGAUAUUGGUGGCACGCCCUGCAUCUCCUGCCCUCGACACAGGUGGCCCUUUUCUCUGGAAGACGGCCAGUGUAUAAUUCCAGUCAACCGCCAGGCAGAAUGCUACCCUGUUCGCAUUCGACGCGAACGAGAUGGCUCAAAGGUCCUCUACAUAGGUUUCACAGCUCUCUCGGACACAUUGUUCAACGAUGACUCUUUUUAGGGGUAGUGGCGUUGUGUGUCGAUCGAUUCGAUAGAUUGUUUGUUGUGACGAAUUGAGUGGGUAUAACAGAAUCAAUCCCAAUACAUGUAGUUCACCG